AAGGAAGGGGCGCUAGGGGUCCCAGGGCGGGGACAUCAAUUCCUGGGGGUGUGGAUGGGGUGAGGACCGGGAGGAGCCCUGCAGCUUCGACGGGGCGGGCAGAAGUGCGUGGGAGGGGCCGUGGGUGACCAAUGACCAAUGGACAGCGCCCAAGUGUGUGCCGCUUGCACCUCCCAGCCUGCGAAUUCCUCAGGCCCAGAUACCCACCGACCCCGCCCCUCCCCGCAGGCCGGCAUAAAAGGCGCGGGGCGAAGGCCAGGCCACUCCUCACCCGCCAGCUCGGUGCCUGUCGCUACUGUCCUCCGUUCGCCAUGACCUCCUUCAGCUACCGCACCCAGUCCUUCGGGGGCUUGGGCGGCGGCUCCCUGCGCCUGGGGACGGGGGCCUUCCGUGCGCCCAGCAUCCACGGCGGCUCGGGAGGCCGUGGUGUGUCCGUGUCCUCCACGCGCUUCGUGUCCUCGGGCGCGGGGGGCUUAGGGGGCGGCUUCGCGGUCAGGAUGGGCGGGCAGGACGCGCUGCUGGGCGGCGACGAGAAGAUCACCAUGCAGAACCUCAACGACCGCCUGGCCUCCUACCUGGACAAGGUGCGCGCCCUGGAGGCGGCCAACGCCGACCUGGAGGUGAAGAUCCGCGACUGGUACCAGAGGCAGGGUCCAGGCCCGGCCCGCGACUACAGCCACUACUACAAGACCAUCGAGGACCUGCGCAGCAAGAUUCUCGGAGCCACCAUUGAGAACUCCAAGAUCGUCCUGCAGAUCGACAACGCCCGCCUGGCUGCUGAUGACUUCCGGACCAAGUUCGAGACGGAGCUGAACCUGCGCAUGAGCGUGGAGGCCGACAUCAACGGGCUGCGCAGGGUGCUGGACGAGCUGACCCUGGCCAGGGCCGACCUGGAGAUGCAGAUCGAGGGCCUGAAGGAGGAGCUGGCCUACCUGAAGAAGAACCACGAGGAGGAAAUCAGUGCCCUGCGGAGCCAGGUGGGCGGCCAGGUCAGCGUGGAGGUGGAUUCUGCCCCAGGCACUGACCUUGCCAAGAUCCUGAGCGACAUGCGGAGCCAGUAUGAGGUCAUGGCUGAGAAGAACCGGAAGGAUGCCGAGGCCUGGUUCAUCAGCCAGACCGAGGUGUUGACCAAGGAGGUGGCCACCAACAAAGAAAUGGUCCAGACCAGCAAGACGGAGAUCACCGAGCUGCGGCGCACGGUGCAGAGCCUGGAGAUCGAGCUGCAGUCGCAGCAGAGCAUGAAAGCCGCCCUGGAAGGGACCCUGGCCGACACCGAGGCGCGAUACGAGGUCCAGCUGGCACAGAUUCAAGCGCUGAUCAGCAGCCUUGAGGCCCAGCUGAGCAGCCUGCGCGCCGACACCGAGCGCCAGAACCUGGAGUACCAGCAGCUCAUGGGCGUCAAGUCUCGGCUGGAGCAGGAGAUCGCCACCUACCGCAGCCUGCUCGAGGGCCACGACGCACACUAGAACAACCUGCCGACCCCCAAGGGCCUCUGAGUGCCCUGGCGCCGGG